UCCUAUUUUAUCUGCAAUGCAGAACGGGGUAUCCAUUUGAGGUGGACUCUGAAUUUAGAUAAAACUUGAUUCAAUACUGUGACCAAAAGAUUAAACUUAUGAGCAGUUUUUACAAGAUGGUAUAUGAUUUUCAUGUUUGGUUCUACUUCAAGAAAUUGAAAUGAACUUAUUCGUGUUUUAUUCCCAUGAAACACAUUUUAAAGCCUAUCUAGAAAUAAAUAAUGAAAAUGUGCACUGAUGAUAACCCUGCAUGAACAUGGAGUCUGAGAUUUUUUGGGGCGACAUGAAUAACUUGGCCCAAAGCAAUUGGUCAUCUUCGGAUGAAACAGAGUCAUCGGAUUCCGAAGGCUCGGAGUCUCCUCACAGGCUUGAAGAGGUGAAUCUGUGUGGAACCCAUUUGCAAAUACCUCAGGGCCUGUGUGAAGACCGUCAGGCUUUUAAUGAAGUCCUCUCCAAGGAUACUUGGAAUCUGUUUUCUGAAGAGCAGCGACAACAUUUAAUGAAUUUCCUGCCAUCGUUUCCUAGAAAUGACGCUGGUGAAAAAGAAAAGACUUUGGAAUUAUUAUUUUCCCGUAAAAACAUGAGAUUUGGGAACCCUCUAGUAGAUUUCUUUGAUCAGCUUAAAUCUGGUAACUUUCGGCCGGAUAUAAGAACUAUGAGGAAGUUGAUCAAGAAAGCCCAGUAUAGGGAAUAUAGCAAUCAGCAGAGGAGGUAUUACUUCUCCCUGAUGAAGUCUCUACUAGUGUCCAGACUCAGGUUGCUAGAGACUGCCUCCAAGGCUGGCCCUGGCAGUGUGUUGAGACAGGAGAAACUGACGUCGGCCCCCCCUCGACCAUCACCCAUCCACCAGAGGGUCAGACGGAGGUACUUCCAGGAGCUGGCUGCAGUGAAGGAGGAGGUCGGAGACACUAGUCAAAGCUCUGAGGAUGAAAACUAUCCAGAAGGCCCUCCUGCUGCGUUGAACAAGAAACAGAAGAAGCAGUUGUCAAGUCUGGAGAACUCGUUGAGUCCCGAUCGGGCUCCUGUAGUGUCCACCUUGGCCAGUAAACCUUCUGGUCUGGACCUAGAGCAGAGGGUUACUCCCAGCCACAACCCUUUUGACAUCACAGACGACGCUUACAGAGAAAUGCUGUAUCGCCACCGCAAGAGACGGCUACGUAAAGAGAACCAUCCUGAUCUUGAAACAAAGGGAAUUACCGCAAACGAUGUAUUAUAUAGGUGUCAACUGAGAAAGACUUUUAGCGCUAGGGAUUUAAAACCUCCUGCAAAGAAACCAAAGUUGAAACUUUCAUCAUCUUUACUCUUGGAUUCAUUACAGAGGAUAGAUGAGCCGGAAGUUGAUGGGACGUCAGAAUCAGAAGAUGGAGACACAGAUAAAGUGGAUGUCGAAGGGGAUGAUGACAGUUCGUUACCUUACUCGUCUACAUCCACACCAACCACCACGACCGUCUUCAGACCACUGGCUGUAGCAGUCAGUACACCUGGACCCAGCUCCCCUAGGAUAGCUAAAAUAUCAACUGCUGGGAAAACCCUGAGUACUCGAAGAAUCAAACUGGAGCUACCGGAAGAUCCUCCACCUACUCCUCCCGCCCUGCCUCCCCCACCGCCUCCCCCACCACCUCCGCCACCACCUCCCCCACCACCUGUUCCUCCCAUACUGCCCCCACCAACACACACAAUACUGCAGCCCAAACCACAGACUAUCACUCGCAUGUUAACACCAGCCACCCUGUCAGAUUUAGAUGGCAUUGACAUGAUGGACCUCCCGGUAGAUCUAGAAGAGGGAGAAAUGACGUUCAGCCCUGAAGACAUCAAACCGGAGCUAAUAGAUAGGCCAGAGUUGAUGCAGGAGACGCACGCUUGUUUCUUCUCCCUUUUGAGAGACAUCAUCUGCUCCACACCAGAACAUCGUAUGACGUUAGUAACACUGGAGGACCGAGUUAGAGCCUGGGCCGCCAGUCCCAUCAGUCCUCUCAAUGAGUGGUAUAGUGCGACAGCGUCUAACUUGACAGCUUACCUGCAUUCUGCUCUCGCUUUUCUGGCUGGAGAAUACCCGGAGUGGCAUCCUGAUGACUUUGUGCCCUACAUAGACUACAAGGCUGCGAUAAGCUCAUACCAGUGGAUAGGAGCGGGCCGAGACACUGACACACACCUGGUGGCUCUGUGCCGUCACUGGACGGAGAGGAGGGAGGACAUGGCAGCUAGACCUAUCAAGGAGGAGGAAGAAGGGGUGAUGGUGGGAGAUAGACAGCUGAUGGCUUCCCCCCCUCCACCUCGCUGUCCUACACAGUGGACUGUUCAACUCUCCUCACCUGAAGACCGGGAAGUGUUUAGAGAACAGGAAAGAGUGAGGUAUGAGAAUCCACACAAGGCGUUCACAUACCGACUACACGGGUACGAAUCUGUGGUCGGCCCAGUGAAAGGGAUGUACUUCCAGGCAGUUGGCAGCAACAAGGCCAGAGGUCACUCUUUGCUGAAUGAGACGAGACCCAACUUCAUCACCAUUCUGGCUCUAGUAAGGGACGCUACAGCAAGGCUACCCAAUGGCCAGGGUACGAGGUCCGACAUCUGUACACUGAUGAGGGACUCUCAAUAUAUCAUAGAGAAUGCACCUGACAGUGACCUGAACUCUGUAGUUAGCGGAGCUUUGGACAGGCUGCACUACGAGCCUGACCCAUGUGUUAAAUAUGAUACCAAGCGCAAGAUUUGGAUAUAUCUGCAUAGGGCUCGUACAGAACAAGAGUUUGAGAGAAUACACCAGGAACAACAAAAAGCAGUAAAGCCCAAGAACCCUCGCAAGGCCCAUCGAGCAAAGGUACUGGCUGCGGCAGGGGUAGCGGAGGUUAAGCCAGAACCAACUCCCAAACCUCCAUCGAAACGGGCGACCAAGGCAGCCACCAAACCCACAAAGACCGCUAGUACUGCCAACACAGCAAAGAAUGUCAAUACCAAUGUAAGCGUCAGCUUACCUCAGCAACAGUCGUCUUGGGUGCAACUUCACACUGUUGAUAAUAGCCAAGUUAUGCCGGACAUAAGUAGUGUCGAAGUAAAGUCAGAGCCGCUAGAGAAGGUGACACCGACGAUAGCUUCAAACCCUCCUGUAGUAACAUCCCCGUUGGUUGUACAGCAACGUAUCAUUGGUCAAGGUGUGCAAAAAUCACUUAUAACUGCUGCCAGUUUUGCGCCUGCAAAGAAACCUGUUGCUGCCAAGGCAACAGUUACUGCGAAGACCACGCCUGCACCGAAAACUGUUCCGGCUGUCAAAACCGUCCCAGCCGUGAAAACCGUCCCAGCUGUGAAAACUGUUCCAGCUGUGAAGACCGUGCCGGCUGUCAAAACUGUGCCGGCUGUCAAAACCGUCCCGGCUGUCAAAACUGUCCCGGCUGUCAAAACCGUUUUAGCCACCAGACAUGAAACUCCGGAUGCCACCAAAUCGAUUUUGGGUAAAUCAAACAAGCAGAAACAAGCUGCCAGUGCGAAAGUUGCGAAAACAACAAAGGCUGUGAAAGAUCCUGCGCUCUCUGCUAUUAGAAGGAUAGUUGACACACCGGUCAGUGGUACUAGUGCAGUGAGAAGGAUAGUGGACACGCCAGUUAGUGGGUCAAGUGCAGUCAGAAGAAUUCCCGACAAUCCUGUCCCUCCAGUGGUGCAGAGAGGCAAGAAGGAAACUUCUGUGUUGGAUCCUUUGGCUGUGGCCAAAAAGAAAGGAACUUUACCUGCAUCUCAGACUACUGAAGCUGCAACAAAAACUCCAGCCAAAUCACUGAUGAAGAUGCUCACUUCUCAAGCCGGUGUAAGGACUGUCCAGAGUCCAUCUCAAAUGACUCCUCAGCAGGUGAUGCUAAUCAAACAGGGUCAGCAGAGUUACAUUGGAGAACCUGCUGUCACUACCAAGGCUCAGCAGCAACAACAGGCUCUGCAGGGACAACAGUUGAUUGUGAUGAAGCAACCAGCAGACCCUGCUUCAGGACAGACACAACCACAGAUGAUAGUCAUCAACCAGCAGCAGAUAGUGACUGAUCAGCAGCUAACUGCCAAGCAACAGAAACAGCUUCAGCAGCUGCUCAACAAACAGCAGUUCAUGGAGCAGCAGCAGCAACAACAGAUCCAGCAGCUCCUUCUGGCUAAGCAGCAGCAGUUGUUGGCGGCAGAGCAGCAGAAGAGUGGAAAGCAAGCAGCUCAACAGCAGAUGAUUGUGGUAAAGCAGCAGCAAGGUGCAAUCAGCACAACAACUGCCCAGGAGCAGCAGAAACCCCAGCAGCAGAUUCAGCAGAUGAUACUAGUCAAACAGCAGCAGCAGGGACAGCAAUUGCAGCAACAACAACAUGUGAUAACAACAGAGACUCAACAGAUCACUCAGCAACAACUGCAGUUGUUGAUCAAACAGCAACAGCUACAGCAGAUCCAAGCAUCUGCAGGAAUAUCAACACAAGCCAAGGGUCAGAUCCAGACGCAGGCUAUCUCGUUGGCUCAGUUUCAACAGUUGCAACAACAACAACAGCAGCAGCAGCAGCAACAACGGGUUGCCUCCUCCGGAAGUUUGUUAAAUCAAUCCAGAGUUGCUCCACAAGCCACACAGUCCAUGAGCACGGGAGUGCAAGUACAGUCUAACCUACUCAAGUCUCAGCCCAUGGUGGCCAAGGUGGUGACCAAUGCUCAGGGUCAACCUGUUAUCUCCAUGGAGAGUCUACUGCCUCAACAAAAGCAGCUCACCAGUAUGCCUCAGACAUUGCGAGUAGCCACAGCCUCUAGCAAGCCAGGGAUGCAGCCUCAGUACACUGUAGUCUCUGUGGCCCAGCCCAGGGUUAUACAGGCCUCUCAGCUUACCCAGGCGGCGGCUAACACGGUGGUGACAGCGAGUGUGAGUGUAAGCGGAUCAGCAGUUGGUACAACUGCAGCCAGCAAGCUAAUGUCUGGCACAGCCACUGCUGCCAACCUACGCAUGAGUGGCAUCAACCUGGCUCACAUAGGUGGCAAACCUGUGUUACUGGCCAGCAAACCUCAGGCAUUACAGACACAGAACGUGCUAUUGGCCUCACAAGGCAGCCUGGGAGCCGGACAGACAGUGCUGCUAGCCUCUCAGAACAUCAACUCUGCAGCACUGCGAGCUCAGCAGCCUCUCACAGUUCUGCAGCAAGGCAAUCAGCAGAUACUGUUGCCUCCAGGGUUCAGCACCUCAGCUCUAAACAUCAAGGGGCUGCAGGGCCUCAAGGUCAUACCGAUCAAUCCUUCCCCUUCUGCCAAAGGAGUGCAAGGGAGACAGCAGGUGUUUGCUAGAAUCAUUAACCCCGGCAACAUGAGGCCUGUAGUAGCAAACCUUGUACAAUCUGAGCAGCCCGGACCCUCUAACCCUCCCUCUACGUCUGAGUGAAAAAAUGUGACACAUCAUUGAAUUGUAAUUGUAACUAUUUUUAUUAUUGAAUUGAUCAUGUACAGUUGUAUAUCA